GUGGCCAGCGCGCCCAGUCCAAGCCUCCUCGCCUCGCCUCACCUCACCUAAACCCCCAACCUUAACCCAUCCCCACCGCCAGGCCCAAUCCGUGUCCCCAGCCCCAAAUCCUCAGAUCCGCCUCCACCCCCGAGUCCACCAGCCCCGAGUCUCCCCGCGCGCACGCACGCACGCACCCCGGCCGCCACCACCCGGAUCCAGAUCCGCCCGGAGGCGGCGGCGCAGGAGGAGGAGGAGGAGGAGGAGGAGGAGCGAUGGCCGGCGGCGGGGGCGCCGGCGGCUUGUCGGAGUCGGUGAUGCGGAAGGUGCUGCUGUCCUACUGCUACGUGGCCGUCUGGAUCUUCCUCUCCUUCGCCGUCAUCGUCUACAACAAGUACAUCCUCGACCCCAAGAUGUACAACUGGCCCUUCCCCAUCUCGCUCACCAUGGUGCACAUGAGCUUCUGCUCCUCGCUCGCCGUCGGCCUCGUCCGCGUCCUGCGGGUCGUCGAGCCGCCCUCCUCCCCGCCCAUGACGCCCCAGCUCUACACCUCCUCCGUCGUCCCCAUCGGCGCGCUCUACGCCAUGUCCCUCUGGUUCUCCAACUCGGCAUACAUCUACCUCUCCGUCUCCUUCAUCCAGAUGCUCAAGGCGCUCAUGCCCGUCGCCGUCUACUCCAUCGGCGUCCUCUUCAAGAAGGAGACCUUCCGCUCCUCCUCCAUGCUCAACAUGCUCUCCAUCUCCUUCGGCGUCGCCAUCGCUGCCUACGGCGAGGCCAGGUUCGACCUCCGCGGCGUCGCGCUCCAGCUCGCCGCCGUCGCCUUCGAGGCCACGCGCCUCGUCCUCAUCCAGAUCCUCCUCACGUCCAAGGGCAUCUCGCUCAACCCCAUCACCUCGCUCUACUACGUCGCCCCCUGCUGCCUCUGCUUCCUGCUCGUGCCCUGGAUCUUCGUCGAGCUGCCCAGGCUCCGCGCCGUCGGCACCUUCCAGCCCGACUUCUUCAUCUUCGGGACUAACUCGCUCUGCGCCUUUGCGCUCAACCUUGCCGUGUUCCUGCUCGUUGGCAAGACCUCCGCGCUCACCAUGAAUGUGGCGGGAGUGGUCAAGGACUGGCUAUUGAUUGCCUUCUCCUGGUCCGUCAUCCGGGACACGGUCACCCCCAUCAACCUCUUCGGCUACGGCAUAGCCUUCUUAGGGGUUGCCUACUACAACCAUAUCAAGCUGCAGGCGCUCAAGGCCAAGGAGGCACAGAAGAAAUCCGCGCAGGCCGACGAGGAGGCCGGCUCCCUGUUGCAGGAGCGCGAUAGCCACAGUGAUCGCAAGAGCGAUAACCAGGCAUAGAGCUCCAGAUCGGAUCCAGGCAUGCCCACAUUGGGAAUCUGGUGCAAAGUGCAAAGACUAUAGUUUGGUCUACAGCUGCUUUCAAGGAGGUGGAUGCCGGUUCUGUUUUGCCUUUUUAACUUUAGUUGGAUCUGAGGAGCAAACCAAGACAAUUUGUUGGUCUAGGAAAUACUUGCAUUUGAACCUGCUUCUGGAUGGUUAGAGGAAACACUUAUAUUACCCUGUUAUUUAUUUUUUGUGUUUUUGUUCCGAAAGGCGGCCUUGCUUCCGUUCUCGCUCAUUCCGUAUUUAUUUGUUCAGUAGCCUAGGUAAAAAUGUACUGCACACUGUUAUCAUUUCGGUGGGUAUCAUCUGGUGGUUAUCAUCUAUAUAUAAUGAGCUUACUGUAAA